AUGGAGGGCUCGUCACCAGCCGGCGAGCAGCCAGCUCGCCUCAUCAAGAGCGAAGUCGCUACCACCACUACCCCUAUCGAGCCACCCAAUUCCGGCAGCAGCAAGACUCCUGCUGCUGCUGGCGGCGACGAGGCCAUGAUGAUGGAGGACGGGUCGGACGAGUCGGACAAUGGGCCGUACUGUCUGUGCCGAGGUCCCGACGACCACAGGUGGAUGAUCUGCUGCGAGAGGUGCGAGGACUGGUUUCACGGGGAGUGCAUCAACCUCGACAAGAGCAUAGGAGAGUCUCUGAUUGAGAAGUUUGUCUGCCCCAACUGCACGACGGAGAGCGUGUCGACCAUCUACAAGAAGACCUGCUCGCUCCCCUCGUGCAGGAAGCCGGCGCGCAUAGCGCUGGGUGGCAGCGCGGGGAGCACCGAGCAGAGCGUCUUCUGCUCAGACGAGCACACCCAGGCCUGGUGGGAGCAUAUCCUGGCGCGCAUGCCCAGGGACAGGUCAAGGACAGGCCUCACGGAUCAGCUGACGCAGGAGGAGUUCAUGGCCCUGCUCAGCAGUGGACUCGCAACCAUCGGGUCCGACGGCAUGCUGCGGCUGGCCACGAUGCCCUUUCAGGAUGGCGCACAGCUUCUCGACAAGGCGGAGGGGUCAGCAGAUGACCCCAUGCUGCAAAUCAUGACAGAAGAGGAGCGGUCUUUCCUCGACAGCUCCGCCAGUUCCCGCUACCAGCUCGCCCAGGAGAUGCUCCUGUGCGACCACAUGAUCACGCUGAUCGAGCUCGCGCAGAAGCGCCGCCGCGCCGCCAUAGACGCCGGUCGCAUAGGCGACGACAUUUGCGGCUACGACGACCGUCUCGACACUAUAUCAGCCCGCGACGCCUUUGCCGCCUUUGUCAAGAGUCCCGAGGGUGAGACUGUGUUCCGGGACCAGCAUCUCGGGAACCCGCCGGCGCCACCCGGCCAAAGCAACGCUGAUUCCACCGAAGACGGCGGCGGCGUCGGAGAUGACGACGAUGAUGGUAUGACGCGCGGGAUGUGCACGCGCAAACGCUGCAAGGCGCAUUCCGGAUGGCAAAAGAUGCUGGUCUUUGGUGUCAAGUACCAGAUUCGCGAAUUGGCUGAACAGGCUUCCGAGGUCAGCGAUGAGGAGCGCGUCGUCAAGGAGGCUGCUACGGAGCGCUGGAGGAGGAAGGAGGCUGAGAGGAAUUGGGUCGAGGUCAUUGAUGGAUGUUGA